AUGUAUUCGCCUCUGCGUUCAAGCUGUACCCUGUUGGUCGUUCUAUCAACUUUGGGAUUGUUUUUCGUCGUCUAUAUACAUGUUCGAACCAUAUCCCUCCCAACGUAUUUACAUGCCUUAAGGAUCAACGAAAUAGCAUUUCCAUUGGCCAAAGAAUUAUCUAGCUAUAAAGAGAAGCCGUUCGUAUACCUUGUGCAAGCAGAGAGCUGUCUAUCUCAACAUCUGCGGUCAUUUGUAAAUCUUGAGAGCAGCACCGAACGAGACUUCAUAGUGUUAAGCUGGGGACAAGAAUGCUUAGAUUUAUCGACAAACUUGAGCGGUGUCGUGUAUGUAAAUUACAGGAAUACUACAUGGAGCUCUGGAAGAAAUAUUUUAUAUGGACUGGCCUUGAACAAAAAAAUCAAUUAUCGGUAUUACAUUUUUCUUGACGAGGAUAUAGAGUUUUCCUUUACAGCUAACACAUCUCAAGAUUUCUACAGCACGGGAACAAAACACCCACUAAAAGCAUUUGAAAACUUUCUACUUAGUUACGAACCCGCUGUGGGAUUGUGUAAUUAUUGCAGUCGAUGUGGGAAGCCACUAGGAGAUGGCUCGUACGUAUCUGGUCUUUGCUGCUCUCCACGACCAACUAAUGGAGAUUUACCGCCAAUUUUACCAGUAUCUAUUUCGUUUGAUGCUGCUGUUAACGCCUUUCACACCCACGCGGUUAAAUACAUUUUACCGUACAGACUUGACUAUGAGAACAUAAGUUGGUGGGAGAGCCAGAAAUAUGUUAUUCUGGCCUCGGAUAUUUUAUUUCGAGGCCAAGUCGUGCGAUAUACUCCAGUGACGGCGACAAACAACAAUCACAACGACUAUCCCCAGCAGCUGCUUGACAACUGGGCCGACAUAUUAGAAGAUAUAAGAAAGAUCACACCCAAACAAUUUAAAAAUCAGAGCGUUUUCAACAGAGAACCCAUCGUCGACAUGGUUCCUGAAGUAGUUGGAAAUGUAGUGCGUACCCUACUGUGGAAUCUCUCUAUUCCUGAGCCAAAAACUCCCAUUAUCCCAUACAGACACUUUGAUCGAUACAGGGAACAUUGA